UUCCUCUUCCUGGUUUCAGUGCUGGAUGGCUGUGCUGCGCCCUGUCUCAGUCCCUGUCCUAGCUGUGCCAGGCGCUGGGCAGACUGUGCUGAUGUGGAUGUCAGUGUGCUCCAUGUGGUGGUGAGAGCCACCCUAGUCAGUAUAAUGGGUGACAUUGUGUUAGUGCUGUAGGAGUCAGGCUGCACCCUCAUUGCCAUUUCCCUGAGCAGCACUGCAUGUGUCCACUGACUGCCACCUACCUCCCUGAUCUGCUCCCACAUGGCGUGCAAGUCCAAGGUAGCUCCCAGUGUAGACUUUGACCACAGCUGCUCUGACAGUGUUGAGUACCUGACUCUGAAUUUUGGGCCAUUUGAGAGUGUGCACCGCUGGAGGAGACUUCUGCCCUGCGAUGAGUUUGUGGGAGCCAGGCGCAGCAAGCAUACCGUUGUAGCUUAUAAAGAUGCUAUCUAUGUCUUUGGAGGGGAUAAUGGGAAGAAUAUGUUAAAUGAUCUGCUGAGGUUUGAUGUCAAAGACUGUUCCUGGUGCAGGGCAUUUACUACAGGGAGCCCACCAGCACCAAGGUAUCACCAUUCUGCUGUGGUUUAUGGAAGCAGUAUGUUUGUGUUUGGGGGCUACACUGGAGACAUCUAUUCCAACUCCAACCUGAAGAAUAAGAAUGACCUUUUUGAGUACAAGUUUGGGACUGGUCUCUGGACAGAGUGGAAGGUUGAAGGAAGGCUCCCAGUAGCCCGGUCAGCACAUGGGGCCACAGUUUACAGUGAUAAACUCUGGAUCUUUGCUGGAUAUGAUGGAAAUGCAAGAUUAAAUGACAUGUGGACCAUCGGUUUGCAAGACCGUGAGGGGACCUGCUGGGAACAGAUUGAGCAAAGUGGGGAGAUCCCCCCUUCUUGCUGUAACUUCCCAGUGGCCGUUUGCAGGGACAAAAUGUUCGUCUUCUCUGGUCAGAGUGGUGCAAAAAUAACAAAUAACCUUUUCCAAUUUGAGUUUAAAGAAAAAGUCUGGAUGCGUAUCCCCACAGAGCAUUUAUUACGCGGGUCACCUCCACCUCCACAGCGUCGCUAUGGACAUACUAUGGUAGCCUUUGACCGUCAUCUUUAUGUGUUUGGGGGUGCAGCAGACAAUACGUUACCCAAUGAAUUGCACUGUUAUGAUGUGGACUCCCAGUCCUGGGAGGUUAUCCAGCCUAGCCCAGAUAGCGAGCUCCCCAGUGGCCGCCUGUUCCAUGCUGCAGCCGUUAUAUAUGAUGCGAUGUACAUAUUUGGUGGAACUGUGGACAACAAUGUUCGGAGUGGAGAGAUGUAUCGCUUUCAGUUUUCUUGUUACCCUAUGUGCACUUUACAUGAAGAUUAUGGAAGACUGUUUGAGAACCAACAGUUCUGUGAUAUAGAGUUCAUUCUAGGAGAAAAAGAGGAGCGAGUGAGGGGUCACAUUAGUAUUAUCACAGCUCGAUGUAAAUGGCUAAGGAAGAAGAUUACGCAAGCAAGAGAGAGGCAACGACAGGAAAUGAAGCCAGAUUCAGAUGAAGAAGUUCAAGGUCUGCAACCUAAACCUGAGAAUACAAGUAACCAAAUAAAAGUGUCACAGCCCAUGUUGGAAGUCACAAUUCGUGAUGCUGAAGCACGACCAUUUGAGUUGCUCAUGCAAUUUUUGUACACUGACAAAAUAAAAUAUCCACGGAAGGGUCAUGUUCAGGAUGUUCUUCUAAUCAUGGAUGUGUAUAAGUUAGCACUGCACUUUAAACUUUCCCGUCUGGAGCAACUGUGUGUUCAGUACAUAGAGGCCUCUGUUGACCUUCAGAAUGUCCUUAAUGUGUGUGAAAAUGCCAACAAACUGCAGCUGGACCAAUUAAAGGAACACUGCUUAAAUUUUGUGGUAAAGGAGUCCCACUUUAAUCAAGUGAUAAUGAUGAAAGAAUUUGAGCAUUUAUCCUCUUCACUGAUUGUGGAGAUUGUUCGUAGAAAGCAGCAGCCCCCACUUCGGAUCCACUCCGAUCAACCGGUCGAUAUAGGCACCUCUUUGGUCCAGGACAUGAAGGCAUAUUUGGAAGGAGCAGGGAGAGAUUUUUGUGACAUCACUUUGCUGCUAGAUGGACAUCCCAGACCUGCACAUAAAGCAAUCUUAGCUGCUCGAUCUAGCUAUUUUGAGGCCAUGUUUCGCUCCUUCAUGCCUGAGGAUGGACAAGUGAAUAUCUCAAUUGGAGAAAUGGUGCCUAGUAAACAGGCAUUUGAGUCUCUUCUGCGGUAUAUUUAUUACGGAGAGGUGAACAUGCCUCCUGAAGAUUCCCUCUAUUUAUUUUCUGCACCGUAUUAUUAUGGCUUUUUCAGUAACAGGCUUCAGGCGUAUUGCAGGCAAAACCUGGAGAUGAAUGUGACCGUGGAAAAUGUACUUCAGAUAUUAGAAGCCGCAGACAAGACCCAAGCUGUGGACAUGAAGAAACACUGUCUUCACAUCAUAGUCCAUCAGUUCACCAAGGUUGCCAAGCUGCCAAACCUACGGUUACUGAGUCAGCCCCUGCUCAUCAACAUAAUCGAAUCCCUGGCAAGUCACAUCUCUGACAAGCAGUGCGCCGAACUCGGCUCUGACAUCUGAAGCUCUCCUUGGAAUCCUACCAUUGAUGGCAUGGAACUGUGCUGCUAAACUUAGAAUCAUUCCUCAACUGGGUCUUCUUUUUAAUGUAACAUUGAGGACUAAGCUACAUUCACUUAGAUUAAGUGGGUCUGUUGUCAUUGGAUUUUGCACAUUAAUAACAGAGCCAAAAUGUUAACAUAGGAAAUACAUUGGGUAGUUUUAUCUUGGCAAGAGCAUACUGAAAGUCACCAUCUUAUCUCACGUUCUUGUCAACCCCGAUGAGCCACAUUUGCCCAUUGGUUAUUGUGUGUGUGUGUUCCAGUUUGGGGGGCACAUUAGGAUUUACUGCCAGAACCAGUACAGGUAACCACUAUUGUUGAAUAGUGCCAUAUGCAACUGAUGUAUGUCAAUCAAGACCAAAUGAAGCUGACGCUAAAGAUAAGGGCUUCCACCCAAAGAAGCUAGUGGUUAAUUUGGUGGCCCAUUGAUGCAUAUUUAAGUCACUAGUUUACCUGGAUUAUAACUUUAUGUUGAUGUAUAUAUUAAAGAAUGUUAUCUUCUAAAACCCAACCAUGACCGAUCCACUUAAGUUUAAAGGGGUAUACAGCAGGCAAUAUAAUGUGUGUAGUGAAAGCACAGGAUACAAAUUACUAUACACUGCCUGGGUGUGGCUUUUCAUUUUGUUUUCUUACAGUGCAUGGGAUGCCAGAGGUUCACACCCUCUGCCCUAAAGCACAUUGCAAAUAGACCUUUAGUGUACCCAUGCAUGCAUAAACACAGGUAAGUAGCCCCUCUCCUAUAACUAGCCUUACAGCACUGAAAAUCAGUACCAUUGCAGGUAAUGCUGCUUACUUUCAGACCAUUAAAAUGUUUAAAAAUUUAUUCACUAAACAGUAAAUUUUUAUGAAUUGCACAUGUAAAGGGGUAUUAUAAGCACCACCACUUUAGCCUAAUGAAGCAGUUAUGGUGUAUAGAUUAUUAUUAUUUAUAAUGACAAAUUCUGCAGUGCUGUAGAUCAUGUCCUUGCAAUCUCACUGGUCAGUUCUCUGCCAUUUAGGAGCUAAAUCACUUAUGUUUAUGCAGCUCUAGUCACAUCUCCCUGUAUGUGACUUACACAGCCUUCAUAAAUACUUCCUGUAAAGUGAGAUCUAAUAUUUACACUUCCUUUAUUGCACAUUCUGUUUAAUUUAGAAUUUCCCAUCUCCUGCUCUGUUAGGAGACUUCUGCAGGGUCUAGAAGACUAUUGUGUGUGAUUAAAGGGACAUUAUAGUCACCCUGACCACUUCAUCUCGUUGAAGUGGUCUGGAUGCAGUGUCCCUCUCCCCUUUAGUCCUGCAAAUUUAAAAUUGCUGGGAUCGGGUAAGUAUUAAAAGGGUUUUUAACCCUUUCUGUGCUAGAGGGGGCCAAAGGAACUGUAGUGUAAUCAAUACAUAUUUGUAUUACUUACACAAUAGAAUCCCUUUAAAGUUAAGUUUACAGAGCAGUUAAAGUAAAUUACAUCUAAUUGAAAAUAAAACCACUUUUUCAUGGAAGCUGUGUGAGUCACAUCCAGGAGAGGUGUGGCUAGAACUGCAGAAACAAAAGUGACAAAGCGGAUCUUCCACCAAACUUGCAAAGACCCUUGAUGGUGACAUCACCGCUGGGUGGCCAGCAAAGGUGAGUUCUACUUACUCCAACCUGAACUUUGUGGGCACCGCCAUCUUCUCACGACGGUGCUCUUUAGAGGAGCCAACGGCACUGCUGAUCUCUUGCA